AUGAAGGAAGUAAUCAGUGUAGUGCUUCUGUGCUUCGGCUUAGCCUACAAUCUAGCAGUUCUGGCAGACAGUACCGACGAUGCCGCUCCGUCUGGCCGUAUCAUAGAGGGCAAGAGCGUAAUAACUCCGAAAUAUCCUUAUAUGUUGAGCUUGCAUGUUAACGGUAUACACACCUGCGGUGCCCUGGUAGUUACAGCUUCGGCAGCGCUUACGUCCGGCUUUUGUGCGGAACAAAUCUAUAUAUACAAAGAUCUUUCAAAGUUUACUCUUGUUGGAGGUAGCCAUUUAAGAGGAGCAGGUGCUAAGUUUCGAGUGAUCAAAAUCACGUUCCAUUCUGGAUUCGUUCGUGACUUAUGGCCUUACGCAUCUGACUACAACAUAGCAGUGCUUAACGUUCCAACGAAUGCCUUCAGAGGAUACCAAUAUAUAGGCCCAAUAGGUAUCAAUAGCAACCCGAUUCCAGUUAAUACCCCAUGCUUUGUACUCGGCUGGGGAAGGGGUUAUGGUGACCGAUAUGCUGAUUAUCUACAGUACCUUGACGUGACGGUCAUAACGCAAGCCACGUGUACUAGACUAUGGACUAAACUUAUCAAUCAGAAAGUAACUCCAGCAACAAUUUGUGCUAUGGCAACUGGUGCGAGUGGCUGCCCCGGAGACGAAGGUGGACCAUUGGUCUGCGGAGGGAAGCUGGCUGGUAUCGUUUCGUUCGUCGAUCUCAGAUGUGCGAAGUUAAUGCCGAUAGGAUUUACAAGAAUUAGUGAGCCAAGCGUUCGUGAUUUUAUUAAACGAUUCGCUUUGAUUUAA